GACUGCCACAUUACAUGGGCUCUCCGGGAAAAACACUCGCGCAAGAACCCGAUUUUCUCUCUCCACCACCAUCAUAUUGCGGAUAUGCGUGAGUCGUCUCGAUACUGUAAGACUCGCGUCUCCUUCACAAUGCGGGUCCAGCCGCGCAAGUUCGCUGCUGUGCCACCCGCUUGAGCAUGUCCGGAAUAUCCAGCCAUGACCCCGAAGGAAGUGAAUGAAUGUCAUAGCGCCGCCCGUGACGAUGAACCCGACUUUACAGAGAACGUGUCCGCGUAUAUUUGUCGCUUCACACUCUUCGCAAGUCGCCAAACGCUUGCCCCGGCCGGUCUACCACAGUAUUGUGCGGAGCACUCGCCGGAUUCUCUCUCCUGUCACUUGUGGAACGAGCAUACGAAGAACUGCUACGACCAAAACCAAGCUGACGGAACAGCCUUUUGAGGAGGAGAGGCUGCCUGGGUACAGCCACGAACAGUUCUACCCCAUACACAUCGGGGAUACUCUAAAGUCACGAUAUGUUGUGGUGGGCAAGCUGGGAUACGGAGCUAAUUCUACUGUCUGGCUCUGUCGAGAUAAGACCAACGACGAGUUUGUCGCAAUCAAAGUUUACGUCAAGACUUCACAACAAUAUGUCCAUCUCGAGCAGCUGGCGUACGACCACUUGAGUUCAAUACGAUCUUCCCACCCUGGCCGACUCGGCAUUCGAGAUCUGCUGGACUGGUUUUAUCUACCUGCUACAGAUGGCUCCAGGCAUUACUGUCUCGUCCACGAGCCUUUACACACGACCCUGUUCAACCUCCAGAGAUUCGGAGGAUCGCCACGGCCAUUCCCUGAAGACCUUGUCAAGGGCGCAAUCUCCUCUUUGCUGGAGACUCUGGACUUUCUUCAUACCGAGGCCAGUCUGACGCAUUGUGACAUCAAGCUGUCAAAUAUCAUGUUGGAAAUCGAAGACACCAGCGUGCAUUCCACCUUCGCCGAGAAUGAACGAACUGAUCCUGUGCCACGCAAAGUGAUCGAUGAGAGGAGAACCAUCUAUGGUUCCCGCAAACUGCCACAUCCACAAGGGCACGCUUUCGGAAGGCCAAUACUUUGUGACUUCGGAGAAGCUCGAAUCGGAUCGACGUUCCCCUACACAGAACUCCAACCGGAGGUGUACAAAGCUCCAGAAAUACUGCUUCAGUUACCUUGGGAUCAUAAAGUAGACAUCUGGAAUACGGCGUGUGUGGCGUGGGAUAUGCUACAAGUUUCGCAUCUCUUCGACGGCCACGAUGAAGAAGGCUAUCACAAUAAUCGAGUAGACAUCGGAGAGAUGGUUGGCCUGCUAGGCCAUCCGCCCAUGGAAAUGCAACGUCAAAGUGUCCAUUCAUCGAAGGUCCUUGACGAACAAGGCAAAUGGAAGAAUGACCCACCGCUCUCUCCAGAUACCUUCGAAGACCGCUUGACAUGUCUCAGUGGCCAAAGCAAAGCGGAAUUCUUAUCCUUCUUACGCGCUAUGCUCAAAUGGCAACCGCGAGAUCGGAAGACUGCUCGUGAACUUCUUCAGCAUCCUUGGCUGACGGGUCACACGUAG